UUUUGCUGAGACACCAGCAGAGUGGUGGCGGCUCCCCACUGGCUGCAGCAAGAAGAAAGCACACUCUUCUUUUCUUCGGUGUGUUUCCUGCGGCUGAAUCAUGAGAGAAGAACUUACAGAGGUCACUGUGUGUGGUGGGGAAUGAGACUACAAGUGUCAAGUUAAACUGGAGGGUCCAAAGUUGAAAGUUCAGAUGAAAUUUUCGUAAUUGUGGUACUAAACCAUGUACGAACCUCGGCGCUAUGACAGCCCGGCUCCGCACAGCCCGCCCUACAGCACCACCUCCCUCAGUUUCCAUCCCACAAGAAGCGUGCUCUCCCCUCAGAGCCAAUAUGUCGGCUACGCCUUCAAAUCCCCUGCGGACGAGCCCUACAUGGAGGAGACCCCUCAAGACUUCCACCGAUGGUUUUCACCUCCUGGUUUCGUCAAAACUUUCCACGGAGCCACAGUGCUCAUGUCUUUCCUCAUCUUCGCCUGCGUGGCGUCAACGUUGGUGUGGGACAUGAAUGGGUUUGGGUACACUCUUGGUGGUGCUGGGAGUGUUCCAGGGGCGGGGCAGGGGUACUACGGCGGUAGCUAUGGUUACAGUAGCUCCUACAUGACCCCGCAGUCUGCAAAAGCCGCAAUGAUCUCCAUGGCUGCCAUCGACUUCCUGGUGUCACUGGGGUUUCUGGUGGGGGGUUUCUCCCGUUCCAGGGCCAUGAGAGGCUCCAGCUUCUAUCUCACUGUGUUCAUUUGCGACACCAUCUUAGCUGUUCUUCAGGGCAUCAUUGAUAUCAUUUUUGUGAUUGGGGUCAACCCGAUGUCUCAGAGCUCACAGAGCAUGCUGUACAAUCCAAUCCUGAUGAUGUGCCAGAACAUUCCAGACAGGCCCAGCAUUAGUGGAAGUAUAGGAGCUGGCUUUCCUGGCGGCUUUCCCAUGUACAAUCAGUACCUGUACCACUACUGCUUCAUGGACCCGGAGGAGGCGGUAGCAUUAGCAUUGGGUCUGAUGGUGGUGUUGGGCCUGUCACUAGCUGCUUUCUACUCCUGGAAGACCCGCAGUAAAAUUUGGCGCCAUGGCAAAGCUAACAUCUACUGGGACAAGCCACUGGUCAGGCAGACAGAGGGGCAGAAUGUACAAGAUUGGGUAAACCGUGUUGGAGAAGGAAGGAGCACCCAGCAGGCACCAACAAUUGUUAUGUCAGAGAAAGCAGCUUCUGACUUUCGUGGGGGAAACAGCGCAACGUCGCACCGCCACGAUACAGGCCUCAUUUACGGUGAUGGAAAUUUGAACAGCAACAGUUUCUGUGAGAAUAGCAACAAACAUCAAGAGGCCGAGCAUCCAAACCAGAACAGCAGGUUCGUAGUGUGCAACAGCUCCUCUGGUAAUGGCGGCAGGAAACUCGCCUCAAGGAACCAGAGGAACCACGAGGAUCAUGCUGCAAGUGAGAUGGCUGACUUCCAAAAUGAAACAGCUUACACCACUGGAGGAGACACUGCUAAUGAGCUGGAACAAGACCAAGAACAAUACCUCUUCAGACUGUACCCCGAAAUCCUCUCUGACCAGCAGCGCCAACAAUCCAGGCGAGAUUUUGACUCGUCGCUGGGUCGUUAUAAGAGCCUGUGUAAAGAAAUGGAUCACAUCUGUGACCAGAUUCACGAGCUCAGUCGAGAACUGGACUCUCUGGACAAGGACUCCAGCAAGUAUCAGGGCGUGCUUGAUGAAUAUAACAGACUAAAAGAUUUAAAAAGGGCACCAGAUUAUCAAGCAAAGAAAAAGGAGAGCAAGGAACUUCGACAAAAACUGUUCCACAUCAAACUCCUGGUAAAAAACUUUGACCAAGGCCUUUGCUAGUGCAUGUCUAUCAGUUUAACGUUGAAGAAGGACACAAUCAGCUUUUGACUGCGCACGUUUAUAUUGACAAAAUGCAUAAAACAUGUUGGUCACUUUGUUUACAACCAUGUUGCACUAAUGUUAGCUAGUGAACUUUGCUCUGAAAAUCUAAAAUAAAACAUAGUCCUUUGUGAAAGACAAUCACUUACGGUGAAUAUAAAAAGUCUACACACCCCUGGGCAAAUUCCAGGAUUUGGUGAGCUACAAAGGUGAGAUGUAGAUAAAUAAUUUCCUUUUCUCCACUGUUAUGACCUUAUACUUUUCAAAAGGGCAAGUAUAAAUAAGCAACUGGAACAAUGUGGUUGCAUAAGUGUGCACACCCUCCCAUAAUUGGGAUGUGGCUUUCGUAAUGGGGCUUUAGUCAAGGCAAUUAGAAAUAGUUCAGAAUAGCAAGCAAUGUUUGGGCAAAAUGUUCAGACUUUUGCUGCAAAGUGUAGAAAGAAAUGUCAGGAAAAGCCUACUUGAACAGCUAAACUUGAUUUGGGCUUAUCAAAUGCACUUGUUGGUAUGUGUGUACUGACUCGCAUUCGAAUGUUGUUUAAUUCUGAACACCCACAUCCUUGAUGAUAAGAGGGUGUGCACACUUUUGCAACCAAUUUUAAAAUAUUUCAUUUUGCAACUGUUGAAAAGAUUUUUUUCAUUCUCUCCAUUAACAAGUACUUGUUUUAAUUUUCACACCAAAAAGCUGGCAGUUGAACAGAAAUGUUUAGACUUUAAAUCCAAUGUAUGAUACAUUAGCAAUAAUGAAAUAAAACAUUCCAUAUA